AUGGCACCUUUCACGCCCCGCAAGCGCAAGUCUCAAGACGCCACGCCAAAUGACUCCCAAGCUCCCCGCAAACGCCGCAACACCUCUCCUACCCCACCGUCAAGGCUACGAUUGCGCAAGUUAGUCAAUUGGAUAACCUUCCCGCCUCGCGCUGGCGGGACGCGCCAAGCGUCGUUCCUCGACCAAGACUUCGGCGACGAGGUGAAAGAGGGUCUCGCUUACCUAGUAAGCCUCGUGGCAGCCGCAGCCGAGCGCAACGAUGUGCUGAAGGAAGAGGUGCAGCAUUGGCAGGACGUCCGCGCAGAGGAAGAAGAGAAGCUACAACUACAACUACAACUACAACUACAGCAGCAACAGCAGCAGCAACAGCAAGAGCAACGGCAACGGCAGCAACGCAUACCCGCGUUACCACCAACCACACCCGAAGAGCAGCACCUCGACGAUGACAUCCGCGCCCCAGCCACCCCACCCAGCUCCUCCCCUCCCGACCUCCACCCAAGCCACGAAUCCGACUCCCAGCCCAGUUCACCCCCACCUCUCACCCCAUCCGAUCCCGGCAGCCCGGCCCAUCCUCCCCGAAGCGACGAACCAGACCCUCCCCAACGCACCGACCCAGAGCCCCUAAUUCUCCGCGGCGGCCUCCCCGAACUCCACGCCCUCCUCCACCUCGAAUACCAGCGCGGCUAUGACGACGGCUUCGACGAGGGCCUGGCCGCCGGGAGGGCGUACGGCGAGGAAGAAGGCUUCACGGCUGGCGUGGCGACCGCGCAGGCUGCGGGCGCGGUGGUGAGUCUGCGCCGGAUUCCCGCGGGGGGUGGUGGCGUCAAAGUCCUGAGCAACGGGGCGGUUGUCACUGCAAACGGUGUAGAGGAAGAAGAGGAGGGGGUGAUGGGAGUAAGGGAUCUCAGGGCGAUGGGGGUCAGCGAGUUCAUGGCCUGGGUGGCGGGGUUGAGUGGAACAGAGGUGAAGGGCGAGAUUUGGAGGUUGAUGGGGGUGAGGGAGAGGAUUGGGGCGGAGAAUGAGGGGUUGGCGGAGCUUGUUAGGGCACUGAGACCGAGCAUGGUUGUUAGGCUGAAGGUUGGGAGGGAGAAUAUGUUGAGGGCUAUAGGGAGAAACUCGCUGCUGGUUAAGCUGAAAGUCAGACCGCGGGACUUGGUCAGGAUUGUGGAGGGGGAGUAUGGAGGGCAGUGGGACGAGUGA